AUGAGUACGGAAGAGACUCUGUUGAAUCUAGAUUUCGACAAACCCAGCACGCACGAGAUUACGCCUCCCGAUGACGGUGUGGUGUCGCUCUCUAGCAGUGCUGAGGACAUUUGUUUAGUGCCAGAGGUCGGGUUCGAAGGAAACGUGGAUUCUCCAGGCGUGAACCGUGAGUCGCAGCCGCUGCUCGGCGGCCGCGGCGACUUAGAAGUAUCAUUCAAUCAUUUCCCAGAUGACCCUCAGUUUAGUGAGUUGGUGUGGCAGGCGGAGGUCGCUAUCGACAAUGGCAUCUUUCCCGAAAGGAUAUAUCAAGGUUCCAGUGGAUCAUACUUCGUCAAAAAUCCUGGCGGCAAAAUCAUCGGUGUUUUCAAACCAAAGGACGAAGAACCAUAUGGAAGAUUGAAUCCCAAAUGGACCAAAUGGAUGCACAAGCUCUGUUGUCCUUGUUGCUUUGGACGAUCCUGUCUUAUACCAAACCAGGGCUACCUCUCUGAAGCCGGGGCGAGCUUAGUCGACACCAAGCUCGGUUUACAAAUCGUUCCUAAAACGAAGGUGGUUAAAUUAGUGUCAGAGACAUUCAACUACCUGCGUAUAGAUAGAGAGAGAUCUCGUCUUAAACGUGCCAUCACAGAACAGUUCCCCACUCUCAGGUUCAACAGAAUGGGACUACCACCGAAGAUGGGUUCGUUCCAACUAUUCGUUGAGGGUUACAAGGAUGCUGAUUAUUGGUUGAGAAGAUUUGAACAGGAACCCCCUCCCGCUCACCUCAUGAACAAAUUCCAGUUGCAGUUUGAACGACUGGUCGUAUUAGAUUAUAUGAUAAGGAAUACGGACCGCGGAAACGACAACUGGCUCAUUAAAUAUGACACAUCGGACAGAGACAUGACGCAUCCCACGGAGUGGUCUGGAGGGUCGGAGGUUCGUAUUGCCGCUAUUGACAACGGGCUCGCGUUCCCAUUCAAACACCCAGACUCGUGGCGGGCCUACCCUUAUCACUGGGCGUGGCUGCCACAGGCCAAGAAACCCUUCAGUCAAGAUACUAAGGAGUUGGUGCUUCCACUGUUAUCAGACAUGAAUUUUGUCCAAGAAUUAUGUGAUGAGUUACAUAUAUUGUUCAAACAAGACAAAGGCUUCGACAAGGGUCUGUUCGAGCGGCAGAUGUCUGUAAUGAGAGGUCAAGUGUUGAACCUCACGCAGGCGCUCAAAGAUAAUAAGAGUCCCGUACAACUAGUGCAGAUGCCGGCCGUUAUAGUGGAGAGGUCUAAGAGCGGCUCGACGUCGUCUCGUUUCUUCGAUUCGUUCCAGCAGCGGUUCCAGCACAAGUCGCCGUUCUUCUCCUGGUGGUGA